UCCUCAUUCAUCUUGUGCAAAAGCAUUCUUCACUUCAGCAAGAAUUCUGCAACUGAUAACCAUCAAUAGGUUUUUCUGAAGCCUUUUCAAAUAAGCAUGACAGAGGGAGGAACUUCAAGGCACUGGGAGGCAAAGAGACGUGAUGUCAAGAGGGCAGAGGCCAGGCUCAGCCUGGGGCUGCGCAGUUUAGAAGAAGCCCGGCUCUACUAUCUGAAUACCAUGACCAGGGAACAGCAGCGACUCCAGCAGGAACUCCUAAGGUUACAGAAAAGCUGCUCCAAGCAGAAAUUCUUAUCAGGCCCUGGACAUAUUCACUUUAAAACAACAUUUCCUCUACCUCCUUCUCUGGAUGUGCAGAAUUCUGGUGGCUUCCAUUAUACAGGAUUACGAUCUCAAAGAAAAACAUUGCCUAAGACUGGGGAAGUUGCAUGGACAAAGCAGUCUUCCCUCCAUCCAUGGAAGCUCAGUGGAGAUGUCACUGGUUGCGAAGGAAAGAGAAAAGGGCACUUGCCACCCUUGGAGGCCAAAGAGUCAAAUGUUGUUGAUGACAGAGACAUGAGCAGCCUUAAAGACUCCAUGGCUAAACAGCUAAAUAUUUCAGCAGAGUCUGUGGAGCAGAGAACUGAUAUCAUAGAAGAGAAAGGAAAAGACUCAGUGAAAGAAGAGCCAAGGGAUUCUCAAGCCAAAGAUGCCAUGACUAUCACCAAACCCAUGAAUCUCCCUGAGAAUCAAAGAUUUUCUCUUGAUCGUGAGAGGCUGAUCAUGGAUCCUGAGGCCUAUGCUGCUGAUGGACGCCUCAGGACGAUGUACAACAGGCCUGAUUUCCUCAAGUCUUAUGGUGAAGUUAGGAAAGCCCGCUAUAUUCGGCACAAGGGUAUUCCAGCCUGGGAAAAGGAACUCAGCCUUCAAGAUAUAUUUGGGCACAAAAAAACCAUAGGGCAUGCCUCCCAGGAAAUGGUGGUUGCCAAAGCUAAGCCCUAAGCGGCAGAGUGAGCAGAUCUAGCAAAGUAAAGCGCCAAGAGGCCUGCCUCUGUUGAAAAGGCUGCAGAGACAAGAUCAUUUAGCUACUUGCAACAGGAAAGCUAAAUGCAGCCUGGUCUCAAGCAGGCAGCAAAAACUGGAAUUUUAUUGAGCCUCUGGUGGGCUGCUGUGCACAAGGACAAGGUGGGGAAAGGGGGAGGGAAAGGUUCAUUGGGAACAUACAA